GUUGCAUAGUCAGUUUUCUGUGCUUUGUUUGCCUCUCGUCUGUGUGAUGCGCGGAUGUCACAUAUGGUCAUGAAAGGGUGAAGGGAAACUUUUAUUGCACCGUCCACUUCCUUCUCUUUUGUUGCCUUCUCUUUUUAUGGUCUUUUUAGGAUCGCACCCCUUCUUCUUCCACAGAAAACAACAGCACAAGCCGGGUUGUACAUUUCAGGCAACGCGUAUUUAUUUUUAUUGGAUAAGAUCAAUGAGCUGAACCAGCAUGGCCGCUCCAGCCAGAGCGACUGGGCUAAACCAGACGUUUUCAAUGGCCUUAUCGAUUAUUUUAUUGGUAUCAAUUAUGGCUCGUUGCAAAACGGAGGGAUAAUGCGGAUUGUCGUUUCAAGUGCAUGCAUGUAAGUUUUUUUUAAAUUUUUUAUUAUUUGUACAUUUUCCAUUUAGUUUAAAAGCAUUUAAAUUGGGGGUCAAUGAGAUGCUGGUCAGACAUAAUGCUCUCUUCCAAAAUACUCCUAACGAUAAUAAAACAGAAAAUAAGCAUUUUAUCUCGAGUUUAAUUGCAUUUUUUAAACAAUUUAAAAGCAGUCCAUUUUACCCUAAAAUGGCUAAAAGUUUUUCCCAAAACACCCUCCGAGUAAUUCGCAAAAGCAUAAUUUGCUGCAAAGGUAAUUAUCAGUUAGUGUUUACUCCUGUGUGUGUGCGUGUGUGUGCGUGAGUGUGAGUGUGUGUUGCAGGAACGUCGAGGUUAGCUCAGAACAAAGCAAAAACUCAGAAACAUCUGUACCAAGAUUAGGACUCCUCGCCAUACAAACUUCUCAUGGGGUCUGAUACUUUAUUUAUCAAUGAUUUCUGACGCACUGGGUACAGUUGGCCGGCAGGGGGGAAGUGGUGUGCGAAUAAGUAAAAUUUCUUUUUUUUUUCCAUUAUAACGGAGGAUUUAUGCUCUCAUAUUAGCUUGUAGGAGCCUCUUUUUUUGCCCCGCUCCGUCCAUACACAGUGUCUGCAUUGCUUUUCAUUUCUUACUUGAGUUUGCUUUGCUGCAGAGAGACAGUUGUUGGUGAGCUGGGGAACGUCACUUGUUUUAUUGCCCUCACAGAAGAGAAACCAUAGACGCAUUCUUACCCCGAGCACAUUAACCCCCGUCUUUAGUUCACGUUUACAAAGGUGACAUAAACAUGCUUAGAAUUUUAGACCCAAAGGAAUGAUCGGGAGUUUAUCAGGCUUUUUUUUUUUUUUUUUUUUUUAAAGAUGAGCACUAAUGCCUAAUAUUUGUCUUGAUAUCUUGCACGUUUUUAACAUGGUAGUAUUUUCUAAUGUGCAUCUUCUGAGCCUGAUAUAAAAAUGACAUUAUUCAUAUUUCCUGUUUCUCUUGGUGACCAUGCAUGCGGUUUUUCUUUUCCCUUAAAAUUGAGCCAAAUAGAAAAUAAAACAACAGAACCUUCCGAUCCAGUCAAGCUGGAUGGUGCGCUUGUACUUUGCCGUCUGCCUUGUGUUUAUCGGCAUUUAGCACCAAUGCUCAGCGCAGCUCUGAGCUAAAAGCUACAGUUUCGCCUCAACUUCCCGCCUCUCAAUUGGUCGGGAAUGGUCAGCUGACGUUGUCAUAUUGUCUCUGACUGAGCCAAGCCUCAGCUAUUACACUCGGGCUCCUUUUUUUUUUUUUUUUUUUUUUUUUUUUCCGCGUCUUAACCGGAGAUUGGAAAUUAAUAAUAUUCAAUCCUCAAAAGUAGCCCCGCGACCACGCAGGAGAGGCAGCAACUCGAGAGGGGGGAAAAUACGGGCGAUUUUUGGGGAGGAAGGUGUGGUUGGUUGACUUGACACAGGCGGGAGGGAGAUUUACUGGAGAAGGAAGAUUGAAAAGAGACCCGAUAAAGAAGUGGGGAAGAGUUGGAGAGAAGGGUUACAAGCAAGGUAUGAAUUCUUAUUUCGCAAACCCGUCGCUCUCCUGCCAUUUGUCCGGUGGUCAAGAGGUUCUGCCCAACGUUCCCCUGAACUCCACCACCUAUGACACAGUGAGACAUUUUUCGUCGUACGGCGCCGCUGUGACCCAGAAUCGGAUAUAUGCCCCUUUCUACUCCCCUCAGGAGAAUGUGGUGUUCGGCUCCGGUAGGGCGCAGUACGAGUACGGAUCCAACGUAUUCCUCCAGGACAAGGACGUCCUGCCAAGCUGCAGGCAGACAAACAUGGGACUCGGCUCGCAGAGCCACAUUGCCCAGGAGUACAGUCUGGAUCAGGGGAGGGCAGGAGCCCAGGAGCAGAAGAGCAACAUCCCGAUCUACCCGUGGAUGCAGCGCAUGAACUCACACAGCGCAGGAGUGGGCUACGGGACGGACAGGCGCAGGGGACGUCAGAUCUACUCUCGCUACCAAACGCUGGAACUGGAAAAGGAAUUCCACUUCAACCGCUACCUGACCAGGCGCAGACGCAUCGAGAUCGCCAACGCGCUGUGCCUCACGGAGCGGCAAAUCAAGAUUUGGUUCCAGAACCGGCGCAUGAAGUGGAAGAAGGAGAGCAACCUGACCUCCACGGUGACUGGAAGUGAACAGACAGGAGCUGCUCAGGAGGAGGAACGGAGUGGGAGCGCAGUGGAAGAAGGGAAGGAUGAACACAAGAAAAAGGAAUAACUGGGAAGAAUAGCGCGCACGUGUGUGUGUUCAUGGAAGUGGGGAGGGGAGGGGGUGGAGGUGGGGGGGGUCACCUCAUGACCAUGAAAGUCCAACAUAACUACCUAAAAAAAAAGAAUCUAUAAAGACUUGACUUCACUGCAUGAUGGUUAUACCCGCUGCUCUUUAUCUCAUCUUGACCACAGCAGUUGUGGAGCACUAAAUAUUCAAAACAUUUUUCCAUCCACAGUUUGAUCUCUGUGACAUUUGGAGCACUAAGGUGUUUUGUCAAUAUUAUAAAUAUCAAUGUCUCACAUGUAUUGUGAAAAUAAUAAUAAUAAUAAUAUUAUUAAUAAUAAUAAUAUUAAUAAUAAUAGAAACGAAGCAAAAUAAGUAUUAUUUUCCUGGUUUUUUUCCAAACACCAGGAAAAAAAAAAUAAUCUGUAUUUACCCACAGCCAAUUCCUCACUGUGAACUCUUUGAUCACCUCACCAAAUACAGUGUUGGUUUGACUUUGCUCAUGCACACGCACAUUCCACGGCGUUCCAAGGAACACAAUGCAAACUAGUACUUGAACUGUCCACAGAUUUAGAAAAAAAAGAGACAAAAAAGAUUAAAGUUGCACGGUUGACCCUCAAGCUUGUAUAUAUAUAAUAAAAGUAGCAUAACAGCAUAUUAUGCAAGUUCCGCAAGAGCUGUGCAUUUAGCCGCUUGGAUUUUGGCGCAGGAUAACGUAAGAGAAUAGCGCCACUUCUUCUUUGAAUCAUUCGACACCGUAUGCUCUUUUCUUUUUGUUGUGAGACAGAUUUGUACACUAGUAAUUCUUCACCUUUUGAGUGCUAUGAUUUCAUGUUUUUGUCAUAUUUGUGUAUCAGCAAAUAAAAUCUUUGUAAAACUUG